CGGAAGCACAACCAUGGAGACAUGAUCCAUGAGCACAACAAAUAGUAAACAAUCUACAAUCAUUAAGCAAACAAAUUUCAUGUGAUUAUUAUCCUCACAAUAAGAAUUGCUUAUAGAUAAUUCUUCACAUUUUUUUAGGAAGUGUACAGAAAAAUGCCAUCAAAGGGUAAAAUAGGAGUUGUAGGAAGUGGUGUUAUUGGAAGGGUAUGGGCAAUGCUUUUUGCAAGUGCUGGCUAUGAAGUAAGGAUUUAUGAUGUUGAGUCAGCUAAAGUUAAUGAUGCUCAUGCAGAUAUUGAAGUCCAGUUGAAAAAGUUAAAAGAGUCUGGUAACUUAAGAGGAAAGCUUUCUGAUAGUGAUCAAUUUAACUUGAUUAAGAAGUGUUAUAGUUUGGAAGAUUGUGUCUCUGGCUCCAUACAUGUCCAGGUAUAAUUAAAUUGGGCAUGUUAAUC